CACCAUCAACAACAUCAUCAUCACUUGAGUUUGAUUCAGCACCGGCGAGCGCCGCAAAGAUCCACUCGUAUCAAACAAGGGCCAGUCUCCUAGUUGGUUGCACUGAGUUCGAGCGUGCCCUCACCUUUCCUACUCCUUGUGCCGCCGCUUCACCAUCGUAGCGGACCAGCCAGCGACUUUUGCUGCAGCUGGGUGCGGUCUUUCCACCGCCAAGGGCCAGGCUUCUUCGAGAGGGUUUCCUGUGUGCCUGUCGACAAUCAGCCCGAACUACCACUGAGACGUCUGAUAUUCCAAAGACGUGUGGGACUGUGGGCUGUCGCUGGAUCAUGCCGCGCCGAUAACGCAAAAACCUCCUCGCAUGCAGCAGUGGGCAUUUCUGCCUCUAACCAACCACCACUCUACCCGCUCCCACUACGUUGGCCCGGCUGUCAUGGACAUUUCAAUAGAAUCGGGGCCGAGCACAGCGGCCGGAGCUCCAGAUGGCAUCAUACCCCAUGCAUUCGAGCACACCCAAGCACACGCGCAGGUUCCUCCCAUCUUUUCGAUGGCCGCGGCGGCCAAGCCAAAUGCACUCAAGGUCCUGAAAAGACCGCAGCCGCCAGAUACUCAAGCUCCAUCUGCGCCGCUUCUGCUGGAAGCACAGGUAUCACUGGGCGCAGGAGAGGCGUCGGGCGUAAACGGACAGAGCCAACCCGGUCCAGCUACAACGAAGCAGCCACCUGAAACCUUGGCGGCCUCGGGCGGUGGGGUGGACUCGAGUCAGCUGAGCAAUGCUUUAUCUGCUUUGCGACUACAUGGCGACUCUCAGGAAGGUGUCAAGGGCUCGGAUAGCUCGUCAGCGCGAAGUCCUUCAUCGACUGGCGCGGCUAUUGUGCCCGACCAAGCACCUGCCUCAGGGGCAGCCACAGUGACAGGCGUUCCGGAACUCGAUCCGACGCUGAUAAGUGCUCUGCGGAAUGGAAGGGACAGAGCGUUUGUCAUCAAGCAGGAGAUCGACAUGAUCGGCUUUGUCAGAGACGCCGAACGAACCUCUUGGGAGCUGCCUUUGAUGAAUUCGUACCAGCGCCUUCUCGUACAUCGCCUUGCGGACCAAUUCCUCUUGGUACACUCUAUCGACCCGCACACGAAGGCUGUUUGCUUGACCAAGCGAACUGAUUCUAACAUCCCACACACCCUGCCAUCAGUAAGAGCGACAGCACUGGUUCCUCCUGAAGUGCAAUCUGCUCCCGCCACCAGGCCCCAAGCCUUCAAAAUCAUGCGCCGCGACCCGUCCGCUUCUACCACUCGAGCCCAGUCACCGCAUCUCUCGGCACAGGAUGAUCUGUCACAUGGUGGCUCAUCUGCUGCCUCAGGCAGCGCGAAUGGGGCCAGGCGCGACCGCAGAAAUAUGACCAUCGAAGAGCGGGAGGCGGCGUACAGGGAAGCCAGGGAGCGGAUCUUCCAGGGCUUCUCGGAGGCGGAAGCAAAGGCGAGGGCGAGUCACAAGGGCAAAGAGGUGGACGGCGAGCAACAGACACCGCUGCAACAGCAAGGGGCAUCGGUGGCAGAGGGUACAAACGCGGCUGCGCUCUUGAUGCCAUUCCGGGGUGACGUGGAAUGGGCAGGUAUGACCAGGAGACAGAUCACGUCUAAGGCAGCUUUGCGGCCAUCAGCACCUGCAUUCGAUCCGUCGGCUAGAUCAUCUGGGAGAGUGAGCGCCGAGCCGAACGGCAGCUCGGGUGCUUUGGGGCAUGCCGCCUCAAACGGCAAUCGGCGAGUGCCUCCGCAUGUGCCAGAGGCUCCUCUAGACGGUAUCUCGCCUUCAGAAGCAUCCUUCAGUACAGCAUCCUCUUCCUCCCGCUGCUCCUCCCGUGCCUCUUCCAGCCGGUCCUACCAACAGCAAUACCCACCGCACGCGGCGCCAGGGAUAGCUCCGCCCGGCUGGCAACAUCCCGGCGGGCACCCCCUGCAUGAUCCGCACGCCGUGCAGUACAGCCAACAGCCGAUCGGCUAUCCUCCCAUCUCCAAUGGCGGCUCAUACUCGGGACCUAGCCCUGGCCCAGGGGCAAGCCCGGGUGCCGAGGGUUACUAUCCUGCUGUGCAAGGGCAACCCGGAUUCGAUCCGACAGGUGGGACGACGCCGAUGCAGAUCCCGCAAGGGAUGUACCAGGCAGGCAUUGUGCAAGGUGUCCCUGUAUUCGCAAUGACGCAGACACAUCCUGGGUAUCUGCAACAGCAGCAGCAGCCGCAACAACAGCCUCUUCAUGCGUAUGCGCAUCCGCAGGGAGCUCCUUGGCUGCAUUAUCAGCAGCAGCAACAGCCGCAGCACGCUGGCCCUCCGGGGCCGCUGAACGGCCAUGCGCAGUCUGGAUGCGCCGGAGUGCCGCCUUACCCACACUCGCAAGGUCGCAGCCCAAUGCAACCUGGCACGCUUGCGGACCUAUACCCGGGCGGCCACGCUGCUAUGGGCGGGCCGGCGAGUAGGAGCAGGAGCAGCCCAUCAUCUGGCCUCUCAGUGCAGGGGUCAGACUACAGCGGAAGAGCAGCGAGCCGUUCCAGUAGCGCUGCAAGUGGUCUCGACCUUUGUCUAGUUGCCAAGAAAAGCCCUUCGCAUGAUACUUCCUCUGUUGUCGUCAGCUUCCUCUUCCUCGGCCUCUUCCCGAUCCUCCAAACCAGGGUCGGUAGCUUCGACAUCUCACCAUCCUCUUCCUGCACGCCCCGACUGGGUCAUGCGCCCGCCUCUGGCGUCGCGUGCGAGUUUUGACAGCAGCACCUCGAGCAUCGCACCGAGCGCCAGUGCCAGCGUGAAUGGUGCGGCCGAGGGCCGCACAGGCGCUGCAGUAGCCGAUGCAGGAUUCUUUGAUGGCACCGCGGCAGAGUUACACGUGGAGCCCACGUCGCCGCGCAGCGUGGGUACCGCAUCUCCUUCGCUUCGAAGCGUCGGUACUGCCAGUCCUACAUUUGCCAGCCGCUCCGUCGUCGCUGGAGCGGGUAUCGGCAUCCCGAGCGAGACGGGCAUGACGCCCAUACACGACUUGCCAGUGGCCUCUAAGGCCGGCGAUGAUUGAGGCGCACGAAAUGUAUGUUCACUGUAAAAUUCUUCGUUUGCAAUGCAUUUGCACAGCCCUGCAUACCCAG